AUGAUGCAGCCUCUGUCUUCAGAAGUGGUUUCUUUUAUGGCUAUAGAUGAAGCGAAGGUUUCGGUUUUACCUGAGAAGUUGGGUUUAGGGCAAGCUGAACUGUUGGGUUUUUCCAAGGAGCGCGGAUCUUCGAGUGAUCCUAACAGUGCAAAUAUGGGGGGUGAAGCGUUCAACCUGCUCCAGUCUAGAUGGUCAGACAUAGUUGAGAUGGAAAGGGGAAAUGAGGCUGUCAUUGAUAGAUUCAAAGACCUUCCUUAUAGCCUGGCUGGGACCAGGGCUAGGAAUCUGGUAUCUAAACUUAAUCAACAACCCAACUAUUCUUCGGACAAGUUUGGGGGUGAAUUGGAUUUGAGUCCAUACAUUCAAUGGGCUUCAGGGGCUCAAAAUAGUAGUACUGCUGUUUUAGAGGAUGGCUCUUGGUUCAUUGGUGGACAUUUUAUUUUGCUCAGGAAAUGGCAUAGCAUGAUGAAAUUAUCCAAGGACCAACUUGAUAAAAUACCCAUCUGGGUUAAAGUAUUUAAUGUUCCUAUGGAGUAUUGGGAUGAUGAUGGUUUGAGUAGGAUAGCUAGUGCUAUUGGUGAGCCUCUCUACAUGGAUAGAUUAACUGCUCAUGGAGAUAGGGUAUCAUUUGCAAAAGUUUGUGUAGAGAUUGGAGUUAAUUACAUUCUGCCCACUAAUUUCCUUAUAAAAUGUGAGGGUGAAAGCAUUGAGGUGAGGGUGGAGUAUCUAUGGAAGCCUGCUAAAUGUACUAAAUGUCAAGUUUUUUGUCAUGCUAAUGAUAGAUCUAUCAAAACUCAAGUGGAAAAUAUUGUUCAAAGUUUUACAGAGCAACAGGUUUAG